UGUGGGUAUAUGGGCAGCAGGCACUGGGGGUGUGGGGAGGGGUGUGGAAGCCGUAUCGCAUCUGUGGUUGGGAAAGGAAGUCGCGUGGCACCAAGAAAGAGUGGGCAACGGGUGGAGGGCAAGAGCUCCAAAAAGUGAUCCCGGAGCAACAUGGGCAGAAAGGGUGGGCAUUUGGGGAGAGCUCAUGGCAGGAGACAAGGAUAAGGAGUGAAAGGGGCAAGUGCCCCAAGUAUUAGGUCGUGAGGGUGGCAUGGGGGCUGAGAUAUAGCCUAGGCAUUGCUGAAAAGGGGGGAAACUAAGCAGGCACUUCUCAAGCACGGUGGGUGGGUAUUGUCUAGACAAAGGGAGAGCAGAAAUCAAGUCUCAAAGGAGGGUUGAUGGGAGCACAGCUCAGGGACCGGGAAAAUAAGCUGAAAGGCCAGGGACAGCAGAGGGUGUGCUGUUGGCUGGGGCGAGUUAAAACUGAGCGGCCGAUAAACGAAGGACUGGAGAAGUUAUGCCCACAAGACUGAUUGGCUUCUAAUAAGCAGAUGGAUCAAAUCCACUUCGUACGCAAUUAACUAAGUAACUGGUACUGACCCAAAUAUUGCCGGACACCAAUUAUUAUAAUAAAGUACUGCCUUCUUGCCAUCUCCAGUUCUGCUCUAUUUCAAUUUCAGAAACAGAGGAUUCCAGGUUUAUCUGGGGCAGGGCGUGUGCCCUGCAGCUUGCAAACCUUCAGGUGGGGGGCAUCCAUCCACCAGCCCUGCUUCCCUUCUCCCUACCCCUCUGGUCUUCAGCUCCAUUCCAUGGGGGUGGAUGGCAUGUAUGAGAAGAGCAGAAUGCUGAACAUUCAGAACAGUGCAUGGGGUAGUCGCCAGGAGUGGUAUCAAGACAGUUUGGUGACCGGACCACCCAACCCUGAUAGCUGCCAACAGCUGGAGAGCGGACUGGAUCCUGAGCACCCUCAAGGUACAAGCAGCCAAGACCUAGAUGAGUCCCAAAUCCGCUUGCAGCUGAAACGCAAACUGCAAAGGAACCGGACAUCCUUUACCCAGGAGCAAAUAGAGGCGCUAGAGAAAGAGUUUGAGCGCACUCAUUACCCUGAUGUCUUUGCCCGUGAGCGUCUGGCAGCAAAAAUUGAUCUCCCAGAGGCCCGGAUCCAGGUCUGGUUCUCCAACCGCAGAGCAAAAUGGCGUCGGGAGGAGAAACUGCGGAAUCAGAGGCGCCAAGCAGGGGGCACCGGGGGGCACCUAACCAUAAACAGCAGUUUUGGGACUGGCGGCAGCUCUGUCUAUCAGUCCCUCCCACAGCAUACAGGGCCAGGCACCAUGUUGGGUCGUACGGAAAGUGCCCUCAGCAACAACUACAGCGCCCUUCCACCCUUACCCACCUUCUCCAUGGCCAACAGCCUCCCUAUCCAGCAGGCAGUGCCCCCGGUUGCCAGCCAGACGUCGUCUUAUUCCUGCAUGCUUCCCGGCAGCUCGUCCGUGCGCAGCUACGAUUCCUACACACCUCCCCAGCUUCCCUCUCACAACCUGAGCUCCAGCAAUGGGGCCUCUACUGGGUUAAUCUCUCCAGGAGUGUCUGUUCCUGUACAAGUCCCGGGCGGGGACCCUGAUCUUGCCCAGUAUUGGCCAAGAUUGCAGUGAGGAAAAUGGAAGGCAGAAAGGAAGAGGGAGAUGAGUGGAGAGGAAGGGGGCUUUUUCUCCAUAGGGGGAAAAUGUCAGUGGGUCACAAUAGCUGGCGGAGGGAAUGGUAGAGAGGGAGAGCUUGCCUGCCUGCCUGCCUCAGCGUCAUGUGUCUAUGUUAGGCAACCAUGCUUGUGUUGGUGCCAAGCCUUCUCUGUCCCUCAGUGUAUGCACCCAUGCACCAUGGGGGGGGGGAACAAUCCCUUGUUUGUCUGUCCCUUUCCUGUCCUACAUUCUGUCCUGUGACUUUCUCCUUCCCUUCCUUGCCCUGCCCCAAUCCUGCUCCUAAAGUGGGCAGUGAGAACUGAAAAAAGCUGCUGAAAGCAUUAUGGGAAGAGGGGGGAAAAACACACCAACUUCUUUGGGCAGCCAGCACGAAGGAUUGUGGGAGGAAAAAAGAACCAAUGCCUCUUUGGGGAGCUGAUACAAAUGACAAUGGGAGAAUAAAAGAAACAAAGGGGGAGCUUAAAGUUAAAGCAUACAGUGGGAGGAAAAAGAAAAAGCAGCAAAUGCUUUGGAAUCCUGUGAACAAAGGAACAUAGGAAGCUACCAUAUACUGAGUCAAACCAUUGGUCUAUCUAGCUCAGCAUUGUCUACACAGACUGGCAGCGGCUUCUCCAAGGUUGCAGGCAGGAGUCUCUCUUAGCCUUAUCUUGGAGAAGCCAGGAAGGGAACUUGAAACCUUCUGCUCUUCCCAGAACGGCUCCAUCCCUGAGGGGAAUAUCUUACAGUGCUCACACAUCAAGUCCCCCACUCAUGUGCAACCAGGGUAGACCCUGCUUAGCUAAGGGGACAAGUCAUGCUUGCUACCACAAGACCAGCUCUCCUGUGGAAAGGAUUGUCAGCGAAAAAAGACCAUCAAUGAAGGAUUAUGUUUAAAAAAAAUUAGAGCCCGUAUCCCCUUUCAAGCUGCGGCAAAGGUUUCUGGGGGGAACUAUCACCACAGCUAUUUCUUUUGCCCUGCUAGAGCAUUGCUGGAUAGAUGGUGUUUAUACAAGGUUGCUGCUGGAGCCUUCCUGCAGUUUGGGAGGCUGCUAGUAUUACUUCCUGGGUGUGUGCAGUGGCUCUCACCCCCUUACAAAACGGCCCCACCCCUCUACAUAUCACCUUUGUCACUCUGCCUCACUCUCACCUGCCUCUUUUUCUUCCCUGCAUGGAAUUCACUUAGCUGAGUUUCACGUGGAUCCCGGAGGGCUUCGUGACCUCUGACCUACACAAAAUGGCCCCCUGACCACACACACCUACACACACCACUUGUAGGCUCAAACUGUGUUUUCACGUGUGUUAAUAAAGGACCUGUGUAAAUAACACUGUGUGGGAGAGUGGCCUGCUAUUAUACUGCUUUAGUUGUAGCUCGAAUAAUUCAACGAGAACACCCAGGAGGAGGU